CUACAACACGCUGCUCCUCUUACGUCCCGUCCGCGAUCAGUGAGCUGGCCGCGGCAGAGAUUUCUCCUUCGGCUUGGAUCUUAUCUUUUACUCCAACUGAGCUCUUUCUAGUCUUUUGCGCGCUCGGCAAAUGUCGGGAGCGGUAUAGUGGACGCGUCUGUGCCGAGUCGUGCGCAAAUCUUUCUGAGACUGCGCCUCCGUGGCAAUGGAUUGAUUUCAGUGUUUUUUUUCCUUCCCCAACCUCUGCCUCGACCAAGUUGAGAAAACAGUGUGUAACCUGCGGCUCUCUCCUUCCAGCUACAUGUUUCAUCCGGCCAGUUUUAAAAGUAGCCUACCUGGCUCCGGAUGUUCCUGCACAUUUUAGGACGUUGAACUUUUUUUUCCUUCUUCUCUUUGUGCAUUCACAGGAGGUGGACAGGGAUUUUAAGGAUUUAUAUAUAUUCAUUUAUUUUCUUUUUUUUAAACAAAACAAAACAAAAACAGCUUCUCCGGGGUUCUUAAAGCCUGCAAAGAUUUAUUCGUGAAAAGUGAUGGCCGAGCGGGGAGCUCUGUCGCUCCUCUCUCUCCUCUGUCUCACCUUUCUCUACACGGAGACCACCGCUGCAAAGCAUGUCGACAAAGGUUCAGCAGUGCAGCCCUUCAGCCCCUUCUGGUUCACCGUGGAGCCCCAGGACACGCUGGCCAUCCGGGGGAACUCCGCUUUCCUCAACUGCUCUGCACACAGCGACGCAGCCACGCCGGCACACAUCGAAUGGAAGAAAGACGGCACCUUCAUGAGCCUGGUUUCAGACGAGAGGAGAAAAAUACUGCCCAACGGCACGCUGUUCUUCACCCACGUGGUCCACUCUAAACAUAACAAGCCCGACGAAGGAACCUACCAGUGUGUCGCCACCAUUGAGAACCUGGGAUCCAUUUCCAGCCGCACGGCACGCCUCUCUGUAGCAGGGAUGCCCAGGUUCGCCAGCCAACCGUUGCCAGCCACUGCGCGACUUGGGGACAGUCAGGUGAUGGCAUGUGAGGUCAACUCGGAUCUGGUGGCCUUCAUCCGGUGGGAGAAAGACCGACAACCCCUGGAGCUGAGUACCAGGUUGAUCCAGCUACCGAGUGGAGCCCUGGUUAUAAGCAAUGCCUCGGAGACGGACGCUGGCACGUACCGCUGCCUUGUGGAAAACGUUGGCUCUUCCAAGUUGAGCGAUGAGGCCGAGCUCCAAACUGUACCAGAAACUGGAGAGGAGAGGAAGCUGGAAUUCCUGGUGCAGCCUGUGUCUGUGACCAAGGUGACGGAUGCCAGCGUGCUGCUGCCCUGUGUGGCCACGGGUUACCCUGCACCACGAAUCAGCUGGAUGUUUGGAGACAAGCUGCUGGAAGAGAGUGAUGGUCGUGUGGAGGUGCUGGGAGGGGGCAGUCUCCAAAUUUCCAACCUCACGGAGGCAGACGCAGGGAUCUACACCUGUGUUGCAGACAAUUCCAACACCACCAUUGAAGCCCAGGCCCAACUCACAGUACAAGUUCCCCCGCAGUUCGUGAAGCGGCCGGCCAACGUUUAUGCCCACGAGUCCAUGGACAUCAUCUUUGAGUGCGACGUGUCGGGGUCACCGGCUCCCACGGUCAAAUGGGUCAAGAAUGGAGACGCCGUCAUUCCCAGCGAUUACUUCAAAAUAAUUGAGGACCACAACCUGCAGAUUUUGGGUCUGGUCAAGUCAGACGAGGGCUUCUACCAGUGCCUGGCAGAAAACGAUGCGGGCAACAUCCAGUCCAGCGCCCAGCUUAUCAUCCUGGAUCCAGUCGUAGCCCUGCCCUCUUUCCCUCCCCCUUCACUGACUCCUAACACUACUGACCAUGUAACACCAGGCUCCAGAGGUGUAGGCAGUCCAGCAGGGCCUACCCCCUCGGCCCCCCGAGACGUCGUGGCUUCGCUGGUGUCCACUCGCUUCAUCAAGCUGACCUGGCGUCAACCAGCCGAGCCGCACGGAGACGAGUUGACCUACUCCAUUUUCUACAGCCAGGAGGGCACGAGCAGGGAGCGAGUCGUGAAUACCAGUCGUCCAGGGGAGAUGCAGGUCACCAUCCAGAACCUCAUGCCAGACACCAAAUAUCGCUUCAGGGUUGUGGCCCACAAUAGCAACGGCCAGGGCGAGAGCUCUGCAGCGCUCAAAGUGGCCACCCAAGCUGAAGUCCAAGUACCCGGCCCGGCUCCUAACCUGCAGGCGGUGUCCAACACGCCGACCUCCGUUUCUCUCAGCUGGGACAAACCCCUCACUGGCAAUGGAGAGAUCCUCUCGUACAAGUUGUACUACACGGACAAGAGCGUCGGCAAAGAGCAGGAUAUUGACAUAGAUGGCCAGUCGUACAGCAUGGCGGGGCUGAAGAAGAACACGGAGUACAGUUUCCGCGUGGUGGCCAACAACAGGCACGGUCCUGGCGUCUCCACUGAGGACGUCGUCGUUCGCACUCUGUCUGACGUACCAAGUGCCCCGCCUCAAAACCUGACCAUCGAGGUCCAGAACUCAAAGAGCAUCAUGCUUCGGUGGCAGCCCCCGCCCCUGAGCGGCCAGAACGGGAAAAUCACCGGCUACAAGAUACGAUACCGGAAAGGAUCCCGCAGGAGCGAAUCUGAAACCACUGAAGGCACCCAGCUUUACAAGCUCAUGGAUGGUCUCGAGCAUGGAACAGAGUACUCCUUCCGAGUGUCAGCCAUGACGGUAAAUGGCACGGGACCGGCCACCGAGUGGAUGACGGCAGAGACGUUUGAGAGCGACUUGGAUGAGUCCCGCGUUCCGGACCAGCCUAGCUCGCUGCACGUCCGGCCGCUGGUCAACAGCAUCGUGGUGAGCUGGACGCCGCCGGAGAACCAGGACAUUAUGGUGCGCGGUUACGCGAUCGGCUACGGCAUCGGCAGUCCACACGCGCAGACCAUCAAGGUGGACUACAAGCAGCGCUACUUCACUAUCGAGAACCUCGACCCCAGCUCCCACUACGUGAUCACACUAAAAGCCUUCAAUAACGUGGGUGAAGGCAUUCCUGUGUACGAGAGCGCCGUCACCAGAGCACAGUCAGACCCCGAUGUUGACCUGUACGACCUCUUACAUGCUCCAUACACCCCAGUACCAGACCCUCUCCCCAUGAUGCCGCCGGUGGGCGUUCAGGCGUCAGUGCUGAGCCACGACACCAUCAAGGUGACCUGGGCCGACAACUCGCUGCCCAAGAGCCAAAAGGUUACAGAUAACCGCUACUACACAGUGCGAUGGAAGACCAACAUCCCUGCCAACACUAAAGUGAAGAUGGUCAACACCACCAACCUGAGCUACACGGUGCCAGAUCUGAAGCCCAACACGCUGUACGAGUUCUCCGUCAUGGUGACCAAAGGGCGCCGCGUCAGCACAUGGAGCAUGACAGCCCAGGGCACCACCUUUGAGACCACUCCCAGCUCCGCCCCGAAGGAUGUGACUGUGGUGAGCAAAGAGAACAAACCACGCACCAUAAUUGUCAACUGGCAGCCUCCCUCUGAGGCCAAUGGAAAAAUCACUGGCUAUAUCAUCUACUACAGUACAGAUGUAAACGCCGUGGUCCACGACUGGGUUAUCGAACCAGUGGUGGGCAAUCGUCUGACUCACCAGAUCCAGGAGCUAACGCUGGACACCACCUACUACUUCAAGAUUCAGGCCCGAAACUCAAAGGGCAUGGGCCCCAUGUCUGAGCCCGUGCAGUUCCGCACUCCAAAAACCUCAAAUCUCACACCAAAGAUGGGACCUUCAGGAAACCAACCUCCACGGGACCCUGUUCCACCAAGAAUUAAAGAUGGGGAAAAUCAUAUCCUGGUCAUUGUCAUAAUCAUCUCAGUGGGAGCUUUCACCAUCAUAGUGGUGGUAGUGGGGGCCUUCCUGUGCACGCGGCGCACCACAUCCCACCAGAAAAAAAAACGGGCUGCCUCAAAAUCCUCCAACGGCUCUCACAAAUACAAGGGGAACUCCAAAGACCUGAAGCCACCCGAUCUUUGGAUUCACCACGAGAGGCUGGAGCUUAAACCCAUGGACAAGUCGCCAGAUCCCAACCCAGUCAUGACUGAAACCCCCAUCCCCCGCACCUCACAGGACAUCACCCCUGCUGACAGCGGAUUGGAAAGCAACCCCCACCUGCAGCAGAGGCGCAACUCCUACCGUGGCCACGAAUCAGAGGACAGCAUGUCUACACUAGCAGGCCGACGAGGGAUGAGGCCUAAAAUGAUGAUGCCUUUUGAUGCGCAGCCGCCUCAGCCCGUGAUUAGCGCUCACCCCAUCCAUUCCCUCGAUAACCAUCACCACUAUUAUAACAUGGGCAGCCUGUCGUCGGCAACACGCAGCUACCUCUACCACCAGGGCAGCGGGUACCCACGCCCGCACACCUGCACCACCCCCAUCUCUCAUCUAGACAGGGUGGACUCCACAGAGUCUGUGAGGAACACUCCCAGCUCUGAGCCCGCCCCUCCCGCCACCGCCUCCUCCCAAGCCUCCUGCCCCUCAGAGAUCCUGGCUGACCCAGAGGGCAGCUACCACGGCUCCACCACCACAGAGGAGGAGCCUAGCUACUCCAGCAACCUGCCCCCACUCCGCUCAGCUCACCCGCAUGCCCACGCCCACCCGCUCAAGAGCUUCGCUGUACCUGCAAUCCCAGCCUCCAGCCACCCAUCCUAUGAGUCUCCCGCCUUGCCCAGCACUCCCCUGCUCACUCAGACCGGGCCUCCCACUCACCCGCAUGUUGUGAAAACAGCCUCCAUCGGAACACUAGGAAGGACACGAACACCGAUGGUGGUCACUGUGCCCAACGCCCCCGAUGUACCAGAGACCAGCAAGAUGCUAGAAGAUGUAGACAGCGUGCUUGCCUCCCUCCCCCCCUGCCCCUCCCCCGCCCCCCGCAGUAACCCUGUUCCUCUCCCCCAGAGCUACGAGCCCGACGAGCUGACCGAGGAGAUGGCCCACCUCGAGGGCCUGAUGAAGGACCUGAACGCCAUCACCACAGCGCCAUGAGCAUGCACUCGCACCAAAACACCACACACAGACAGACACACACACAACCACACACUCUCUGUCACCCCACACACACACAUACAGGAAGUCACACACCCUAAAGAAAAAACACAACCAAACAAUACAAAACAAAUCAAAAAAACCUUCGGAGCCAGAGGCUGCUGGACACAAAAUGGCUUCUCAUCCCCACGAAAAAGAAGAAAAAACUCUCGCGUCUCCCCCUGCAGAGAAAAAACAAAACUUCCAGACUGAAACGUAGGAAUUACUUUUUCCUUUUUUCCCCGGCUUACCUUGCUCAGUCUCAGGAAGGAGAUUGCCAUGAGAGGGAAGAAAAAGUGAGACAACUUCAUCUUUAUAUGAAGAACCAUUCUCAGAGACUAUGAACUUUUAAAAAGGAAAAAUAAAAACAAACAAACAUUGGUCGCUUUCAACCGGAAGAUUGUGAAUUUUUUUUUCCUCAGCAAAAAUGGUAGUCUUUUUUUUUUUUUUGUUUGUUUGUUUGUUUUUUGGUGCCGAACACUCUCGCUUGAGACGGUCGAUUCAGUGUCAAGUCCAAAAAAUAUGCUGGUUUUUGAUGUAUGGUGCUCAUGCGGCACAGUCUACACACAGUGUUUGUUUGAUUAGUGUUUUCUUUGUGCAUUUUGUAUAUCUAUUGGACAGUUUCAGUGAAGUGAACGUUGGAUUUCAGCCUCCUCCUCCUCUUUACCAAGCCUACAUUAUUCAUCAACUUUUCUUUUGUCUUUUACCCAUGUGUCAUAUGACUUUUCAUUGUUUUUUUUUAUGUUAUUGUAUUAUUUUUUACAUAAAUAUCCUUAUAAACAUGUACAUAUGUUUUUUUGUUGUUUGUUUGUUGUUGUUUUUUUAAUGUUUCCCAUCAUUUCAUUAUUAUUAUUAUUAUUAUUAUUAUUAUUAUUUGGGAUGGAAGUGGGAUAACGAAUGAGUCCUGAAGCUCAGUUUGUCAUAUCAGCAGAGGAGAGAGAGACCUGGUGCGUUUCUACAGUACAUUCUUCUCUGGCGUCGCGUUGCCACCCUUUGUACAUGAAAGUGUUUUCCAGUUUUUGGUUUGUCACGGGAGCUCCGUUAAAAAAAAGAAAAAAAAAAGGAAAAAAAAAAGCCUUACCAACGCGCAGGUAUGUCGGCGCCAUGGAAACGACUGCUCUGCGCGGGUGGCGUCGCUCAGCUGUCACCAUCGGCAGCUGCUCCUUCAUCGUUCAGUGGGACUUGACAGGAUCUCCUCGCGGGUCAGGGGUACCGAGGACUCAGGGCGCUGAUCCCCCACCCCACCUAAAUUACAAAAAAAACCAUCUACAGCAACAGUUGAAUUGUGUUUUAUACCAGAAGUUAAGUCGAAUGUGUGUGUUGUUUUCCAAAAAACCAAUAUUUGGUUUCAAGCAUCUGUACUGCUGAACCACGUGUGUGUGUGUGUGUGUGUGUGCGUGUGUGUGUGUGCGUGCAUCCCCCAGCCCCGCCCCCCGGCAGCGCAGGAGUGUGUUUGCUGUUUUCCCAUCACCGUGGUUCUUCUACAAAUGUUAUCAGAUGCAAAGAUGUUGGCCUUUUUGAAGGGGACUCCCAAUUUGUUUUGUUUUUUUACAUGAUAGGUUUUGUAUGAAGAAAAAAAAAGAAGCUUGUUCUAUACACAAAUCCAAUAUUUAAAAAAAGGAAAAAAAAACAACUAGUUUUUCAUUACCCUCUUACCCAAAGAAACUUGUCAUUUGCGAUCAUAGUAAUUUGCUCUACUUUUGUGAAUACCAUGUUUCUCAUACAUGUACAUCGUCAUGAAUGUCAAUAUAACUGUAAGAGAUUUUAACUAUGGAUACAAACAAGGAACAAGUUUUUGUGGGGCGGCACGUCGGGCGGGACGGGGGUGGGGGGGGUGACGGACAAAAGCGGGAGAAAGAGGAGCGGACUCCAUUUGGGAAAUAAUCUAUUGAGUUGUAAACAGUUGAACCUGUAUUGCACUUUUUCACAAUUUUUGGAAAGUACAUUUCUUACAUAUCUUGUGUUUUAAAUAUCGAAAGCUGUUUGUGUAACGUAGUGUCCUAGGUAAGCAGCAGGCAGCUGGUCUUUUUUUUUUUCUUUUUUUUUUAAUGUUUAUUAUUAUUAUUUUUGUUUUUUGCUUCAGAGAUGAUAUGGAUUGAGCGGCCAGGCGGUUUAUACUCUGCAGCUCACGAUGAGGAAUUCUGUUGUUGCUUGUUCAUGUACAGAGCUUUCUUUGCUUUCUGUAGAAAUGGAGAAAAAAAAUCUGUGGCUUUUUAAAAAAUGUCAGAAAAAAUGUUUGGACAAAAAAAAAAGAGGAAAAAAAAGAUGUUUUUUUUAUUGGUGCUCCUAUACAUUGUGUAUACAAACAAUUAUGAAUACUAACAAAGUAA